AUGUCUGAUCUGUUUAAGCGGGCAAGACUUUCUGAUAAUAGAACUGUAGACACUCCUCUUGAAACCAAUGCGCGAUAUUCUCCCACUGAUGGUGUUCCUUUAUCUUAUCUGAGCCUAUAUCGUACUAUUGUAGGCAGCUUGGUUUACCUUACAGUUACUCGACCUGAUAUUGCUCAUGUUGUUCAUGUGCUUAGUCAGUUUGUUACUGCUCCUACUUCUGUUCACUGGGGAGCUGUUCUUCGUAUCUUGAGAUAUCUUCGUAGGACUCAAUUUCAGAGUCUUCUGUUUCCCUCGACAUCACCUCUAGAGUUGCGUGCCUACUGUGAUGCUGAUUGGGGUAGUGAUCCUAACGAUCGAAAGUCCACUACUGGUUUCUGUGUUUUCCUUGGUGAUUCUUUAAUCUCAUGGAAAAGUAAGAAGCAAGAUGUUGUUUCUAGAUCUUCUACUGAGGCUGAGUAUCGUGCUAUGGUUGUGGCUACAUGUGAGAUUUUUUGGUUGCGGUGGCUCCUUGGAGAUAUGGGGGUCACUAUCUCUAAACCUAAUCCUUUGCAUUGUGAUAACCAGAGUGCUAUGCAGAUCACAAAGAACUCUGUUUUUCAUGAGCGGACAAAACAUAUUGAGAUUGAUUGUCAUUUUACUCGUCAUCAUCUUUAG